CUCACACACACACACUCUGUCUCAGCAUGUGUAGCGAGGCUCACGGGGGGCGAGAGUCCGUGUAACCAGCACGGAUAUCGGAACCGAGCCGCCGGACUCUGAUUUCUCCAUAUUUCGGGAUAUUUUAGAGAUUUUUUCUUUCCUCUGAACUCGACGGAGAAUGAGAAUAGUGGAUGUAGUUUCUCCUCGCAGGUACAGCGGAGCAGAAGUCACUUCUAAAGAUUUAGAAAUGAAGAAGGAUAUAGACACAAUUAUAGCAGAGGAACGGGCUGAAAUCAUUUCUAAAUAUGACAAAGGCAGGCAGGAGGGAGUCAGCAUCGAUCCCUGGGAAGACGCCGACUUCAGCAUUUAUAAAGUCACCGACCGCUUCGGUUUCCUGCAUGAGGAGGAGCUGCCAACACCCAGUGCGCUUGAAGCUAAACAAAAGCAGCAGGAGAUCGAGCGGGUGGAGAAAUGGCUGAAGAUGGUGAAGAAAUGGGACAAGUACAAAGACAGUGAGAAGUUGGUGAAGCGAGUAUAUAAAGGUAUUCCUCUGCAGCUGCGAGGCCAGGCGUGGGCCUUGCUUUUGGACAUCGAGAAAGUCAAAGAAGACAACAGAGGAAAGUAUGAGAGAAUGAAGCAGCAGGCUCGCAGCUUCUCCACAGAGAUCAAGCAGAUCGACCUGGACGUGAACCGAACCUUCAGGAACCACAUCAUGUUCAUGGACCGCUUCGGAGUCAAGCAGCAGGCGCUGUUUCAUGUGCUCGCAGCGUACUCCGUUUACAACACGGAAGUCAGCUACUGCCAGGGGAUGAGUCAGAUCGCUGCCAUCCUGCUCAUGUACCUGAACGAGGAAGACGCCUUCUGGGCUCUGUCCCAGCUCCUCACCAACACCAAGCACUCCAUGCACGGAUUCUUCAUCCCGGGAUUUCCCAAGCUGCAGCGCUUCCAGGCUCACCACGAGCUGAUCCUCUCUAAAAUGCUGCCUAAGCUGAAGAAACACCUGGACAAGGAGCAGAUGACGACAGGGAUUUACACCACCAAAUGGUUUCUCCAGUGCUUCAUUGACAGGACCCCGUUCACCCUCACCCUGCGUCUCUGGGACAUCUACAUCCUGGAGGGGGAGAAGAUGCUGACCGCCAUGUCUUACACAACCCUCAAGUUGCACAAAAAGCGCCUGCUGAAGCUGCAGCUAGAGGACCUCAGGGAGUUUCUUCAGGAGCAGCUGGCUGCUUCUUUCUUCUUGCCGGACGACGUCGUGGUCGAGCAGUUGCAGGUUGCAAUGUCGGAGCUCCGCAGUAAGAAGCUGGACCAGCAUCCACCAGCCAAGUCAGAGGAGCUUCCCAAGAAGCCUCUUGGUCAAGAAAUACCAGUCCACAUCCUGCCUCUGCAGCCCGACUCUCCUCUGGAAGUGAAAAUAAACCUGCAGCCUCAGGAUGAAUCCCACGCAGCCGGCCAGCAAGCCGACGCCGUCAGCUCACCUCCCGUCCUGCAGGAGUCCGCCAGCCUGUCCAGUGCAGACGCGCCCGGUUUGCCUUUACCAGACCCGCCGGUGGUCCACCCAGGAGGAACUCCUCGUAUGAAGCCGUGCAGAGCUCCCCCCGUACCUCCGAAAGAGUACCGGCCGUGUGCGGUGGGGUCGGUCGGCGAUUUAAAAAAGUCUCUUCCAGAGGUGAGACAAGACGGGGGCCGGAAGGAAGAAGCGGAUAACCAAGAAGAAGCUGUGGACUGGCCUCCACCCUACGAGCCUCCGGCUUUUUACUCUAUGCAAGCUGAAGAGGAAAUCAUGGACCUUCCAGAUCUCCCGCCUCCUCCUUUCUGUUAUCCUGAUCAGAGCGAGCAGAACUCUCAGGACAGUGAUUUACCUUCCAGGGAGCUCCGUCACCCUUCGCCGCCUCCUCCCACUCGGCUGAAGCCGUGUCUGAAACCCCCCACGUCUCUGGGUCUCUCACAGAACAAACCUGUCCCUCCCUCCAAACCCUCGUCUCUCCGAACCUUCGCAGCACCCCCGCCCUCCUCCUCCUCCUCCUCCUCUCCCAGGCUUCCUCCCCCGAAGCCCACCAAGUUCCCCGUCUCGCUCUUCGUCCCGGUGUCGGCCGGAGACCGGCGGCCCUCCAACACCUCCCAGUACGACAACCUGUCGGAGGCCGACGACGACGACCGCUACCUGGAGAAGCUGCUGGGCUCCACGCCGGAGGAGAGCUACAGCGUGAGCAGAGACUACGACCCCGCCGUGUACCCCGUGCCGCCGCCUCCCGUCUUCAUCCCUCCCUCGCCGUCCCCCAUCCCGCCGUCGCCGUGCGCCCUGCCCAGCCUGCCUCAGGAGCCGGACUGUGUGGAAGGAGGCAGCUGGGUGGAGGACUCCAUCAUCCCCCCUCCUCCGCCCAGCUUCGCGGACAGACUGUCGCCGUCCCGGUGUCCGGCGGCCCAGCGGGCCGUGCAGCCCGGCCACUCCAAGCCGUUCUCCCGCGGCCCCAGAGACCGCUCCGCCUUCCCGGCUCCUCUGCUGUACACCGGCUCUCCUCCCGGCCAGUCCCGGUCCUCGGGCCAGUCUCCGGUGGGCGGGCCGUUCCUGCAGCCAGGACCGGGCCAGGACUUCUGCAGGACGGCGUCAGGAGGACAGCAGCUGCCCAAGUCCAUCACCUUCUGAAGUAUCGAUGGCGACGGUGUCGGUUUGAUUUGUUACUGAAAACUAGAUCAACCAGCGAGUUCAAUACCAGGCCAGUAGCUUCCUGUGUGUGUGUGUGUGUGUGUGUGUGUGUGUGGGUGUGUGUUACAGAGCAUUUUUCAUCAACAUGUACAGAUUUGCGUUGCUCCUUUAUUAGAGCAGGAAUGUUAAAAUAUUUAAAGUUCCUUUUUUUGUGGUUAUGUAAAAAAAAAAAAAACAACGAAGUCUUGUUUUGUUAGUACACAAAAUGUUGAUCCGAAACCAGCCGUGCUUUUUGAUGUUGCUUCAAUUUUUUUUUUUUUUUUUCAGUUUCAUUUCCUAACAAAGUGUCUUAACCUUCUCACGGUGCAGAGGUCACUCCGUCACAAGGACGGCAGCCAAAGCCGACACACCUGGACUGAGGUGACGGUGAAGCGUGAGCAGGCUCACACACCUCGCUGUGACAUCAAGCACAAGUAAAAACACAGCUGGGAUUUAAGAGCUCUCCGGUCUCUUUAGGGCAGUUCAGGCAGAUCAAUAGGAGUUCAUGGCGUCCAUGGCUGCAACGUUUCCCUCCUGCCAGCAGCAUGACCACCACCGGUGCUCAGUGUUACAAAGAGAACGGCUUCAUUGAAACAUUGAUUUCUGAGUUCAUCUUUUUCUUUUGUUGUGUUUGAAACGGUGGAAGCUGAAGCAGCACCAGACCACGGAGCGUAAACCCAAAGAGUUUUAUCUUCAGAGGAAAUCCAUACAGGACAGAGCAGACGGUUCCUCCUAUAGGAUGUCAUUAGGUUCCCUCACCUUGUUUUUUUUUAAUCCUCCAGGCUGAGGUGGAGGGUCGACGGCGGUUGGGAAUCAUUGUUUUCACCAAUCAGCUGCAUGUUUGUCACUCCUGCUGUCUCCCAGCAGAGGAGUGUGGUGCAAUAUUUCACUGGUGUAAAUACUGAGGUUUUUAGUUUUUCCCUUCCGUGGAGUCUGCUCGUGUCAGGAAGCAGUGGAGAGUCUGUAUGUUGAUAGGAUGUUGUCAUUUUUCUGAUACUUCCCAGAAAUAACGUGCAUGCAUGGUUUAAGGUUGAACAUGGAGGAGUUACAGCAUAAAUGAGGUUUUUUUUUCUUUUUAAUGUGUUAAGGCACAUUCUCACGGAGAGUUCCUCCUUUGACCCUCAUUGACAGUAUCUUGUGGAACAGCUCCACCUGGUGGUCAGACAUCCUACAGCUUGACAACAUUUCAAGCUCGAGGGAAAUAUUUGUGUUUAUAAUAUUGUAAACAUUUUAGAUUAUAUAGGGAAAGUAUGUCUGAAAUCAAACCGUGUAAGUAUCGCUCCAUAUCAGAUAAGAGCUCAUUCACUGCUAAAAUUUAAAGCCACUGCAGUAUUUUCUUUAUAUUUAUCUACUUUUUAAAUAUGGAAGUUGAGCCAUAACCUACUGCACAAGGACCUACUGUAUAGUCAGACCUGUUUAUAUAUUACAUAUAUGUAUUUUUUUUUUUUUUGCACUUUUGUUUGGCUUGUUGAAGUGUAAUUUGCAUUUGACUCGAGCAGAUCGAUCGAUCUGAUUGAAACGAGACUUUGAUGCAUUUAUGCAACUACUUUUAGUAUUUAUAAAGAGACAAAUGUUA